UGCGGCAAAUCUGACUGUGACAGCGCAAUGUGGCUUUAAUGCCUCUCAGCCAACACUGCCUUCGAUGCAUAUCCAAAUAAAUUAAUCGUUAACUAAAAUGACGCCUUUUCCUGUUCGGGUGUGUCUCUAAAAAGGCGCUAAAACUCAUUUGGAUGUCCGGUGACGUAUCGGCCGCUCCGCCGUCUCCUUUGGAGGUUGUGAGCUUCAUCGGUAAAACCGUUGGCGCAGGCGCGGCACUGACAGCUGCUGUCUACUUACUCCGCAAAGUCUGCUUGAUAAUGGCGUGGAAAUCCGGAGGAGCCAGCCACGCAGAGCUCGUUAACAAUCUCCGCAAAAAUGGCAUUAUUAAAUCUGAGAAUGUGUAUGAAGUCAUGCUGUCCACAGACCGAGCACAUUACUCUAGAUGUAAUCCAUACAUGGACUCCCCGCAGUCAAUAGGAUAUCAAGCUACCAUCAGCGCCCCACACAUGCAUGCCUAUGCACUAGAGCUUCUACACGAUCAGCUGUAUGAGGGAGCCAAAGCUCUGGACGUCGGCUCCGGCAGUGGAAUCCUGUCUGUUUGCUUUGCACGAAUGGUAGGCCCUAAAGGGAAAGUUAUAGGAAUUGAUCAUAUCAAAGAGCUGGUAGAUGAUUCUAUAAACAAUGUGAAGAAGGACGACCCCAGCUUGAUAACAUCAGGCAGAGUCAAGCUAAUAGUGGGCGAUGGGAGAAUGGGUCACCCAGAGGAGGCUCCGUAUGACGCCAUCCAUGUUGGUGCAGCAGCUGCCACCGUCCCCCAAGCUCUUUUGGACCAGUUGAAGCCUGGCGGGCGUCUGAUUCUCCCAGUCGGCCCGGCUGGAGGAAACCAGAUGUUGGAGCAAUAUGACAAGAUGGAGGAUGGCAGCACCAAAAUGAAGCCCUUGAUGGGGGUGAUUUAUGUGCCUUUAACAGACAGAGACAAGCAGUGGUCCAGGUGGAAGUGACUUCUUUCUCCCCCUCCUCCCUCUUUCUCCUUCUCACAGUGGCAAAGGGAUGAACUCUGAAUAAGAAGACAGUCCAUAACCCACCUUUAAGUUUGAAACCUGGAGAAAACUCGGAUGGCAUCGAACAAGCCCUGACAUUUUGUUUCAAGCAUUAUAAAACAUGCUAUUUGUUUGUUUGAGUCAAAUGAAGGACUGGAGAAUAACACUGAUGACAGUCCUGAAGGGCUGCAAGGAAAGACUGCUUAAAGCUACACAGAAAUAUCCAAGAUGGGUUUUUUCUUUUCAGGCCUCGAUCUUUUGGUUUAUGUUAUUUUAAUUGCUGAGUUUUAGGUUUGUUUGGUUUUUUUUUUUGUUAUGGUUUGCAGACAGGUGUUUUACAUCACAUUUCAGCAGGGUCAAAGCUGAAUGUACAAAGAAAGCAGAACAAGAAAGAAAAUGCCCCAGACCUUUAGAUAAUUCACCUAGCUACAGCGUGUGUGUUUGUGUGUGUGUGUGUGUGAGGAUCAUCUAACUGUAGAUUUUUCUGUUUGAAAAUAAGCUUUUGUUUCCCCUGCCAGCAGUAUUAGAAUACACGAACAAAGACCGAACACCGUGGCUGAAGUAAGUUUGAUGUGCAGAACCUUUAGGUCGCGUUUUCAACACACUGGAUAUUCUUCAACAACAGCAGGGCACUUGUCUCACCAAAACGCAUGCAGGUACAGGGCUGCGCUUUCCACCUGGUGAUGUUGUUUGCUGCCGCUGGUUUCCAUUUCCAAUGUGUGCAGGCACUCCAUUGCUGACUCCACUAACUGGGAGAGUCACUGCUUUGCCAAAAUAAACUUAAACAAUAUAAAGCAAAUGUCUGUUUUCUUGAAGGAAAAACUAAUACACAAAAACACAUUCUAUAUAGAGGCAUCUGAAUGAUUGAAGAUAUCUGGCUUUCACAAUAUCUGGAAUGGCAUAUGAAAAUAAAGAGAUGCUUGUGUUUUUCUUGCA